UGACCGCUCUAAAAGACCGAGCCCAGCCCUUCUUCACCUUCGCCCACCUGGCCGACCUGACGCACAACAACUUCUGGGCGGCUGGCAAGGCCGACCAGCCACUGCACCAGCUGCUCAGUGAACUGGUUCGGCGAGGCAUCACCCAGAACACCUUCAUCUUCCUGCUGGCAGACCACGGCAUACGCUUUGGCCGCAUGCGGCGAACCCGUUCAGGGCAAAUGGAGGAACGCCUGCCCUUCUUCUACCUCUUUGUUCCUGAGGGAAACCAACAGCAAACGGGUGACAACAGUCGGAAAACACCGGCGGAACAGCUGAGAGCAACACUUCGUGCGAAUGCACAUCGCCUGACGAGCCAUUUUGAUUUGCACGCUACGUUGCGCCACAUUGUGGAGAAGAAAGCACCUACAACUGAUGAUGAGCCGUAUGGAAGAUCGCUCUUCACGCCAAUUCCACCUGAUCGAACCUGCGAGUCGGCGGGAAUUAGCGAAAAGUGGUGUCUCUGCUCGCAGUUUGACAACUGGCGCAGCGGCACAGAAGAGGCAAAGGCGAUUUUGGGCCACUUUGUCGCCGGUCAGGUGAAUCUGCUGCUCGGUGGUGAGCCAAAGUGUGCCCAGCUGCAGCUGGACCAGGUUGAAGAGGUGCUCAUUCGCACUGAGCCACUGUCUGCUGAUGGCAGUGACCUCUUUACAGUACAGGCUGUACUGGAGCCUGGUGGUGGACUCUUUGAUGCGACCCUUCGAGUGGACAACUCAUCGCUGCUGCGCCUCAAUCAUGCCGAGUCACUGCUGCCCGCCAAAGUGCCCCACAUUCACCUGAUUGGUGACAUCUCGCGAUUGAAUGCCUAUGGAAACCAGUCUGCCUGUAUUGAUGAUUCAAUACUGGAGAAGUACUGCUUUUGUAUCACUAGCAAUCUUGAUCUCAAUCAGGCAAUUUGA